AUGUUUUUCAGAGAAGUCCCAUCUUUACACACAUCAGAGAUUUCACACAGGGGAGAAGCCAUAUUCCUGUCCUGUGUGCGGGAAAUGUUUUUCACAGAAGUCAUCUCUGUAUACACAUCAUUAGAUUUCACACAGGGGAAAAUUCAUAUUCUUGUUCUGAGUGCGGGAAAUGUUUUUCAGAUAAAUUCAAGCUUUACAUACAUCAGAGAUUUCACAUGGGGCAGAAGCCAUAUUCCUGUCCUGAGUGCGGGAAAAUGUUUUCACGGAGGUCCAAUCUUUACACACAUCAGAGAUCUCACACGGGUGAGAGGCCGUAUUCCUGUUCUGAGUGCGGGAAAUGUUUUUCACAGAAGUCCCAUCUGUACACACAUCAAAGAUCUCACACGGGGGAGAAGCCGUAUUCCUGUCCUGAGUGUGAAAAAUGUUUUUCAUGGAAGUUCAGUCUUCACAAACAUCAGAGAUCUCACACGGGAGAAGCCUCUCUCCUGUCCUGAGUGA